GGUGGAGUGAGGGCUGGUCACUGGUCAGUGCAACAUGAUGCAGCAGGGAGGAAUGUUCACUGCUGUCUGCUGCUCAACCAUGCUGUUGCUGCUGCUGCCGCUGCUUUUGCUGUCUCCUGUUGCUGCUCAUGCCAACAAUACAUUGGAGGACGAACCAGCAGACAAGUGCCUGGAGGAUGACCUGACUGCCGAGGAGUCACAGUCAGAACCCAUCUUUAUUACUAUCAUCCAGGGAAAUAAAGAACCUGACUAUUAUAUUGACACACAUCCUGUUAUUCCACUGGUUACCAAUUACAAGCAACCAGUAAAAUAUUACCCACCACCUCCUCCCAAGUACUACCCUGUGCAUAGUUACCACCCACCUACUCCACACCACCGUCAAGACAGUGUGAGCCAUGAUUAUGAAGUAGAUAAUAAAUAUCAUCAUGCCUCAGAUUAUGAUAAGCCAAGCUAUAACAAAACUGAGUAUUACCACGAGCCAGAGUACCACCCUCCUCGGCCACUUCAGCUUCCUCAUUCGAAGCAUAAGGAAGGUUACCACUACAAUGUUCCCUUGUAUCAUCGCAAUGCUCACCCUGAGCCCAAUUACUACCGUGAUUACCAGCCACCUUCACCACCCCACAAGACCUACCAUCAGCCUGACUACCAGCCACCUUCACCCCAGAAGACCUACCAUCAGCCUGACUACCAACCACCUUCCCCCCACAAGACCUACCAUCAGCCUGACUACCAACCACCUUCACCCCACAAGACCUACCAUCAGCCUGACUACCAACCACCUUCAUCCCACACAACCUACCACCAGCCUGACUACCAACCACCUUCACCCCACAAGACCUACCAUCAGCCUGACUACCAACCACCUUCACCCCAGAAGACCUACCAUCAGCCUGACUACCAACCACUACCCCAGAAGACCGACCAUCAACCUGACUACCAGCUACCUUCACCACCCCAAAAGAACUACCUUCCACCUGACUACCAGCUACCUUCACUAACCCCGAAAACCUACCAUCAGCCUGACAACUAUCAUGAGCCUGAGUACUACCCCUCGGGAGUAGUACACUAUCAACAUCAAUCUCCUAUCAAAUACGAACUGCACCUUGAUAUAUAUGACGGCAAGCAUAAUUACGAGCCCCAACACGAUUACCAACACAUCCCUCAUUCUUACACAGAAAACACUGAACCAGUGGAAGCAAUCGAACACGAAUAUGGACACGAUUCAAUACCUUCUGAGCAGAGUGUCACCCACUUUCCUGCAGUGCACGUGGUUAGUGACCCCUAUGAUGACAACCUCCCACAUAGAGUUAUCGAGGCUACACAUGAGCCUCCUGUUGUCUAUCAUCCAGAGAACUGUCACUCCUACCAUCAUCUUGCAUAAGGUACAACAAAAUUGUUGAUGAAGAAGACACCCACUGACGAAACUUUUCCCCUCGAACAGACUUUUUAUUCGAAAGCAGAAACCUACCGCGCAGGUGAAACGUUUCGACAACAGAGGUAUCCCAAGUGUUACACAGGUGUCCAUUCAUCUAUCUGUCGGUAUUGUAUAACAAUAAUAUGGAACACAGUUCUUCCCCUGUCAUUCUUACCAUCUUCCUCAAGCCUUGACACACUACCUACCUUUCCUGCAACACGUCCACCAAAUUAUUUUUAAGUCCAGCUAAUGACUACUUUACUUCAACUUUGAAAAUUCAGGUAAAAUGUAAACAAUCACAAUACCGUGUUUGGAACAGUUCACCAAAAACCUGAAAUUAGGACGUUUCUGUAUGAGAUAAUUCCCAUCAGCGCUUGCACUCAUCUUCA